GUUUACCUUAAAUUACCUUGUAUAUCUUUAGUCGUGGUUGGAAGCGAGGUCUCUUUAUUCGUGGUUGGAUGUGAAAAUAGCCACUGCGUUAAUAAUAUUGUAUAUGCCAUUCCGAAUCAAUAGUACAUGAACAGUAUGAUAUCGACAAAAUAAGAUGGAAUCGUACCGUAAAUAUGGUUCGAGACAUCAUGACUCCAGUCACCACAACAGGCACCACAGACAUCGACACCGCCACCAUCACUAUAGAUAUGAUCAAGAAGAGUAUGAAUCGCAUCGUGUUCACCAGCGACAUCACAAUAACAGAAGUAGUGAUGAAGAUGGUGAAUAUGAGUAUAACAGAAUUCCAUCUACAAGAGUUGAGAAACCUCCUUCACCAAUGUACCAUCAACCUACUCGAAGGCCAACUACUCCACCGCCACCACCAACAGUAUCGAUUAUUGAAAAGCCAAAAGAACGCAAUUGGAAACUUUUGGCCGAUCCAUUUCUUAGUAAAGCGGUCACUAAAAUAUAUCGCUACGAUGGUGGUUUAGAUCCCUCGUUACCUGUAUUGCCCAAUGACGAUCCACGAAAAACAUUUAAAACUAUUACUUUGCCCAUCGAAUUGCCAGUACCUAAAUUUAAGCUUGACAGAAACUACAUUGGCCAACGUCCUGAAGUCGAAGUAACUUUUUCUAAUUUAAACGAUAAUAUUGACAAAGUGUUUCUGACUGACUUGGUAGUGAAAUUUGGAAAAAUAGAAUUGUUACAAAUAUUCUACCACCCAGUCACUAAAAAACAUUUGGGUUUAGCCAAAAUUAUUUUUGAAGAGGCAUCAUCAGCUAGAUACUGUGUUCAAAAGUUAAAUGAUACAUCUGUGAUGGGAAAAGUUGUCAGUGUAUUUUUGGACCCUUUUGCUUCAGAAUGUAAAGUAAUAUUUGAUAAGAUGACUGAAGAAAAACCAAAACCUCUGUCAGAAGUACCAAAAGGUAUACCACUUCCUAUUUCUAAUCGAGAUCGACGGUCAGUUAAAACGUGUAAAUCUCAAGAAGAAUCUUCUGUUAAACCUCAGUUGGAAGAGAAAUCAUCAUUGCCACCCAAAACAGAUAAUUACAAAAAUUAUAGUUAUGACUAUACCACACCUUCUCCAGCCGUUAGUGACCUUCCAUCAGAGCAAAGUUUUAGCAGUGGAUAUAACAGUAUUGCUGGUACUCCUGCAUACAAUGGGACUCAUCCCUAUUCUUUUAAUAGAUUUCCUUGCAGUGUUCCUCCAGGACCAAAUAAUUAUUGGUGGGGAGAAUCUAGUCAUAUACCUCCACCUUUACACUCAGCACCAGAACCAAUACCAGUACCUACACCAGCAUCAACCUCUAAGUUAGAUUCUGAAGCACAAUCAAAAUUGGAUUUAGAUACAAGAAUUGAAAUGAUGCUUAGUGGCAUGUCUUCUCAAGGUGCUAGUAUAGAACCUGCAUUUUUAUCUAUUGUGAAAAAAGAUCCUGAUGAAGUUUCAUUUAACAUUGUGGAAGAUACCAUUGAUGAUGAUAUUAGUCUGAAUCUUCAACCACCACCUGGGGAUAAUGACAAUCAAUCUGACUUAGAUGAAGAAAAAGUUAGCCACGACGAAGAAACGUUACCUCCACUUUCUAAUCCUCCGUCUCCUUUCUUGUCAAAAGAUGUUUACAUUAAGUGUUUUGAAACUGCAGCUGAACAAUUAAAAAUUACUAAAGAAAAGGAGAAAUUGGAAGCAAAAAGCUUCUUGAAUAAUACUAUAAGAAAUGUUAUUAAUAAGAAUAUGCACGAUUCUUUGCACAGUGAUAUCAGCUCUAGUGAUGAUGAAUUCAUGUUAGGGUCGAGUUUUAAAGGAAAUACUCCUGAUGAUGCUAUGAGUUUAUCUAGUUUGUCAUCCCGUGAUGAGAAAAUUGUUGAAAAUGAUCCUAAUAUACCACCACAAUAUCCACCAUUGCCAAAUUAUCCUCCUCAAGGAUAUUAUUAUCCAUCACAAAUUAACAAUCAUUAUGGCUAUCAAUAUUUUCCAUAUCCUCCUAAUUAUCCAUAUGGUCCUCCGUUACCUAGAGCUGAGUUUUAUGAACCAGAACUAUCACGUGAUAGGCAUGAAAAUGAAAAUUUCCCUGCAGAUCUUAAAAAAAAUUUAAUGAAUGCAGUAUUAUAUGAGUUAAGAAUUAUUAUUAAACUUGACCUUAUGAAGAAAAUGGGGACAGCUGUGGCUUUUAAUGCUCUGGAUCAGUGGUGGGAAGAAGCUGAAAGGCAGUCAAAAUCUACUAGUAUGACUAACGAAGAGCCUAAAUCCGCACAACCAGCUCCUAACCUUAAUAGUAUCUUGGAAGCUGGUACAGAAGGCUUAGAAACGUUGGCUCUAAGUGGAUUAGGUUUAGGAUUCCGAGCAGCUAUUCCUAAAAUGCCGUCAUUCCGUAGAAAAAAGAAGGAACCAUCACCCAAGAAAACUAAUGAACAACAAGAUUACGGAAGUGAUCAAGAAGAAAUGGUUAUAACUUCAGACAAUGAAGCCAAAGAUAUUGAUGAUGAUGAAGUGACUAGACCUACAUUUGCGGAACGAAAACGUUUGGGAAGAUACUUAUUUGACAGUGAUAGUAAUUCUUCUACUUCUGAACCGUCAGUUCAUAGUUCUUCGGAAGAAGAAUCUAGUAAUGAUAGCUCUAGUAAUGAGGGUUCAUCUGACGAAUUCAUCUGGAAAAAUAAAUUGAAAAAAUUAUGUAAAACUAUGACAAUGGAUGAUUUUGAUAGGGUCAGAGAGCUCACCCCUACUGGAAACGAAACUCCUGUGGAAAUGGAUACUUUACCAAGUUCUGAUGAAGAAGGAUCAUUUGUGAAGUAUAAACGUGAUGAUAAAGCUGUGAAACGAAAGAUUGAAGAUGAUCAUUUAGACAAAGAAGUUGAACCUAAAAAACGUUUACUUAAUGGAGAAGAAACCCCAAGUGAAGUAUUUUCAGAUAAUUUGUAUCGUGUGUCAAAACAGGUAUACAGCCCUCCUCCUAUAUCUGAUUGGGAAACUGAAGUCAACAAAAAUGAUAAAUCUAAGAAUGUAAUAAUCGAACCAGUAAUACAUGAACAGAAAAUAACAGAAGUUUUUCCAAAAAAAUUAAAACAACCCUUAACUGUCAGAGAUAACAAUAAAAUAGAAAACACAGAUCAGUCAAUUGUACAAAAACAUUGUGAUAAUAAAGUUAAAACUAAAUAUUACAACAAACGAGAUAUGGUACAAGAAGCAACUGUAUUAUUUGAGUUCCUUACUAAGGGUAUAGAUGUGGAAGAUAUUAACUAUUUAAAACAAAGCUAUGAUUCAUUGUUGUCCAAUAAUACUGUACCCUACUGGACGAAUGAAACACAUUGGGUCAGCCAUCCAGUGACAGCAGUACCAAAUCAGCUUCCACGCAAAAAGAAAAAAGAUGAAUGGAAAGUUCAUGAUACGGGAUGUGGUAGAACUGAAGGUUAUUAUAAAGUGGACAGUAAACAAAAAGCCAACCAUAAGUAUCAUUUUGGACACACAAUUGCGCAAUUAAACCGUAUUACAGAGCUUAAACGUGUAAAAGAAUCUACUGGUAAAAUGUUAGCUCUUUCUCGUGAAGCUCGGAGUAACCAGAGAAGGUUAUUAACAGCGUUUGGAGCCACGUCAGACAGUGAUUUGCUCAAAUUCAAUGUGCUAAAAUUCCGUAAGAAACAAUUGAAAUUUGGAAAGUCUGCUAUACACGAUUGGGGCUUGUUUGCUAUGGAGUCUAUUGCAGCUGAUGAAAUGGUUAUUGAGUAUGUAGGGCAAAUGGUUCGCCCAGUAGUUGCUGAUCUACGUGAAAGACAAUAUGAAGCUACUGGAAUAGGUAGUUCGUAUCUAUUCAGAAUAGAUUUGGAUACCAUUAUUGAUGCUACCAAAUGUGGUAAUCUGGCAAGAUUCAUUAAUCAUAGUUGUAAUCCUAAUUGCUAUGCCAAGAUAAUUCAAAUCGAUGGACAAAAAAAAAUAGUCAUAUAUAGUAAACAGCCAAUCGGAGUAAAUGAGGAAAUAACUUAUGAUUAUAAAUUCCCACUCGAAGAUAACAAAAUACCAUGUCUUUGUGGUACCCAUUGUUGCCGUGGAACGCUUAACUAGUUGAAGAAUUCUCAUUAAAUAAUUUCUUAUUAAAUAGAUUGUGAAUGUUUUAUAACUGUUUGACAACUCUUCCAUAAAACUUAUAAAUUUUAAAAGUUACCAGUCUUCUACUGGAUUUUAUCUUUGGAUAUUUUUAAAAGAAGUACCUACAGAGCCAUACAAUUUUUCCCGUGGAACCGAUUCAAGUAUGUAAAAACUGAAAAAACAGACUGUAAAAAUGUCAACCCAUAAUUUUUUUAAAUAAACUAUAUGAAGUACCUAUAAAAAUUCCUGGUUUUUCUGUACAAUAGGUGUGUUGCGUUAAAAUAAUUAAAAUUUUUAAAUAUUAAAAAAAAUUGAACUAAAGCAUUUUGAACAGUUCUAUUCAUAGUCUGUUAUACUAUUUGUUAUUUGUAUAUCAUACAACCGUACAGAUACAGGACUGUUAGGACUAUUUUAAGCUCUAAACAAAGAAGUUUAGUUCGUCCUAAUCUAUUAAUCAGUGUUUGUCAAUAACUCAAAAAAUUAAGUAAAUACCUAAUAAGAAUUUUUUUAAUUUAGCAGUACAUCAUAUUUAGUAAAAAAAAAAUACCUAACCUUCUUAAGUAUAAAAUUGAUUGUAUUGAGUAGUAAGUUUUGAAUUUGUUGUGUCGUCGAACAAUGUUUAAGAAAAUAAUAUGUAAUAUUCUGAAUUAGAUUGUUUUUUUACCACAUGACUUUCUUGCGAUACAAACCAUCUAUUGACUGUGGUGAGGCAAUGUAUGCAUUUGCCCCUGUCUGAUUUUAAAAGCAGCCCGAUUGGCCGGUCCAUGGUGAUUUUCGAUUAACCAGUAUAAUAUUAUAUUAGCGCGAAAACUUGUCUAUAUUUAUAGGAAAAUAUUAUAAUGAGUAGGUACUAAGAAAUUAUUAUCACAAUGAUAAAUUGGUAUUUACUAAUUAAUAGUUGGUAUAUAUUUAUAUUUAUAUAUGCAUGUGUGGAUGUACAUAAAAGUUGGCAUGUAUGUAUCUGUUAUAUGAAGGAAACGGCAUAUGAUAAUAAUAUAUUAAUAUGUGCUUGCUAGUAGUUGUUUAUUAAGUUACCCAUUUGGGCUGGUCAAAACUUUUGCCCCCCUCUAUUAAGAACUGAAAUGACACCACUGACUGUAAUAAUAACAAUAUAGGCCUACCGCCCACAGGUGGUUUCUUGAGAUAGCGAUUAGCGGUAGAAUACCAUUGGACGACGGUACAACAAGUUUUAGGUAAUUUACGAAUCCUUAGCAAUUGGCACUCGGCAGUGUAUUCUUAUCAAACAGAUUGUGAAUGUUUUAUAAUUGUUUGAAAACUCUUCCAUAACACUUUUGCUAAUUUGAUUUAAAUGAAUGUGACUGAUGUGCAAAUUAUUGUUUUGCAUUCCUUUUUUUUUUAUUAUUACUUCUUUAUGUACAUAAUUUAGCUUUUGAAUGUUAAUGAUUCAGUCUCUAGUAAGAUAAAAGAAAAAAUGUAAAUUGUAUAAAUUAAUAAAUGUUGUUUAAUAUAGAAUAAAUUAUUAAUAAUAAAUAAAUAA